AUGUUCAAAGUAGGCAUACGUGGAAGAGCCUUUACUCGAGCUUUUACCCCCAAGAUUAGAUUCAAUUCAACAGCUGCUACAGGACAAGGUCCCCUUUCCUGGGUCGAGUAUUUUCAAUUGAAAAAACAAAAUAGUAGAAUCAAUUUUGUUAGUGGCAUCUUUACCGGUAUAGGGGGAUCCUUGCUCACCUUGAGUUAUUUGGGAAAUAUAGAGAUUGAUGUUGAAAAACCAAUUUUGGGAUUUGACCCUAUUAUGAUGAUGGGAGGUGCAGUUAUAGUUGGUGGGUUAUUAGGGUAUCUCGUUGGCCCAUUUAUCGGAUCAUUUGUAUUCAGGCUCAAGAACAAGUCGCUGUUGAAAGAGUUUGAGGUUAAAAAUAGUUAUUUCUUAUCGAGGUUGAAAAGUAAAAGACCCGAUCCAUCUAGUCAAAGUUUUUCAAAUCCUAUACCGGACUAUUAUGGGGAGAGGAUUUACUCUUUAAAGGAUUAUAGACAAUGGUUAAGAGACUGUAAUGCGUUUAGGAGAAAGGCAAAGGAGUUUCUUUAA